AUGUUCACAUUCACUUUGAUCAAGCAAUUUAUUUUGGCUUUAUUGGCCAUUUCAGUCGUUCAAUCAAGACCUUUAGCUGAAGAAAUUGAUGCUGCUGGUCAGCAUGGCGAGAGACAUAGUGAACCUUUUGGAUUAGUUGCUAUUCGUUCAGGCUCUCCAUUGCAAUACCAAUUUGCUGUUGUUUCUCAUGGUGAAUUAUUUUUGAGUGGUAACUCUUCAGACCCUUACACUUUUGCUGGUUCUUUGUUUUGGGAUGGAAGUUUGAAGGUUCUUCCAGAUUUGACUAGAUUCCAACCAUUAGGUGAAGGAAAAGACUUGUUCUUGAGUGCUGAUAAUUCUUCAAGCUUAAUUACUUCUCCAAAAAGCGACACAUCAUUUGCAAUCAAAGGUGGUGAUUUAACUUAUAAAGGUGUCAGCGGUUUUUAUGCUGUUCCUGAUAACAGAUAUGGUUACCAAUACUCUUUGAAGACAAGAAUUUCUUGGACAUCCUAG